AUGAGCCACCUGAAUGGACAGAAGGUGUUUGGGAAAGUGAUGAGAGUGACCCUGUCCAAGCACCAGACGGUGGCUUUGCCCCGGGAGGGCCUGGACGACCAACUGCUGACCAAAGAUUUCUCUGGCUCCCCGCUGCACCGUUUUAAGAAGCCCGGCUCCAAAAACUUCCAGAACAUCUUCCCCCCGUCGGCCACCCUCCACCUGUCCAACAUCCGGGACGCCAUCGGGGAGGACGACCUGCGCCUCCUCUUCUCCAACAGCGGGGGGGCGGUCAAGGCCUUCAAGUUCUUCCAGGACCGUAAGAUGGCCCUGAUCCAGAUGUCCUCGGUGGAGGAGGCCAUCCAGGCCCUGAUGGACCUCCAUAACUACGACAUGGGGGGGAACCACCACCUCAAGGUCUCCUUCUCCAAGUCCACCAUCUGA